UACAGAAGUACAGUAGUACUAUUUAGUAGUAUUCGUGGCGCGCUACGAGUAAAAGCGCCAGCUGACUCUGCGCAUUCCAGUGUUGCCAGAUUGGGCGAUUAUCCGCCAAAUUGGGCGGAUUUUGUUGGAAAACAAUUUAAUAGCAGGCAAGAAAGAAGAAGGCUUUAGAAGGCUUGCUGUCAGGACACUUUCUGCUCCUGCUUCUGAAAUGGCACUGCUCGAACUGGUCUUCUCAUUGAUCGGGGUCUGUGUGGUCCUCUGCUGGCUCGCAAGGGCUCUGACAGUGCUUUCUCCACAGGUCUGUUAUCCUCUUCCAGAGAAUUUUUUCACCUCAAUGGGAAAGUGGGCAGUUAUCACUGGAGGGUCUGAUGGGAUCGGAAAAGCUUACGCCCAAGAGCUAGGAAGACGUGGGCUAAAUGUGGUUAUCAUCAGCAGGAGUAAAGAGAAGCUCAACAGAACAGCAAGAGAAAUAGAACUUAAGAAUUUAAGAAAAGUUAUAGUUAUACCUGCUGAUUUCACCAAGGAUGAUAUUUAUGGGCACAUCAAGAAAAUCAUCAAGGAUUUGGACAUUGCAGUUUUAGUUAACAAUGUGGGAAUUUUGCCAAGCUACAUACCCUGUAAACUCUUGGAAACAGUUCACUUGGAGGAGAAAAUUAAUCAAAUGAUCAACUGUAAUGUCAAAACGAUGGUCAAGAUGUGUCACAUCAUCCUGCCUGGAAUGGUAAAAAGAGAGCGGGGCAUCAUUCUGAAUAUUUCAUCUGGCAUGGCAAAAGUGCCUUUUCCUUUGUAUACCUUAUAUUCUGCAACAAAGGUUUUUGUUGAGAGGUUCUCCCUGGGGCUUCAGGCUGAAUACAAAUCCAGUGGAGUUCUAAUUCAGAACGUCUCUCCUUUUGGGGUCUCUACAUCAAUGACGGGCUAUCAGAAACCAAACCUGAUUACGUUCUCUCCCGAGGAGUUUGUGAAGAGCUCACUGGUGUAUCUGAAAACUGGAGCACAAACAUACGGCAGCAUCAGCCAUACAAUUCUGGGCUGGGCUGUACAAACAAUCCCCACCUGGGUUCUAGGAAGUGAAGCAUUUCAACACAGCUUUCAGCAGUAUGUAAAGAAAAGAGUAGAAAUGUGAGUGCUGUGACUGUAUUACAGCAGUUCUGUAAUGCACCAGUAAAUCUUCAUCUCAUACUAUACUGGGAGCGUUAUGGACAGUGUGGGUCAGAUUGACCCUUAGUCAGCAUCUUGAGAUAUCAGAGUCACUGAAUUCCAGCACUCUGUAAGAGAGAGAAAAGUGGAACAGGGCUCCAAAAUUCAAGAAGCAGACAGUCCUACUGGUCUUGAGAUAAAUUCAGUAAAGUGAUAUAUUAAAUAUGAACCACGUUGUGGGUUAAGAAGAGAGUUGGACAUGGGGGAGAUGUCAAGCCAAAGCAUUUGGAAUUGAAAUAGUUGUUUUGACUUUGAUCAUAGUUGAUGUGAGUUAAUGUAGGACAUCACUAGCAUUUUUUCACCAUGUAAAACUACUGUGUUUUUACCACCACUAGUAUUAGUAUUAGCAGAUUUGUGUAACUGUAGGAAGAAAUUAAACAAUUACAGGAUAUUAACAGACUUGCCCUGCUUCUUUAGUGUGACAUUUUGACAACAGUACAAAAAAAUUAGAAAAACCCUGUCGACUCACAACAAGAAGGUCCUGGGCUUGAUUUCCAGGUGGAGCAGUCUGGGUCCUUUCUGUGUGGGGUUUGCAUGUUCUCCCCAUGUCUGUGUGUGUUUCAUCCAGGGCUCCAGUUUCCUUCCACAGUCCAAGGACGUGCAAGUGAGGUGAACAAGAGAAACAAAAUUGUUAAUGACUGUGUUUGACAUUAAAAACUCGUACUGAUGACUCUUGUGUUUCCAGUAAUAACCUGUCCUGUCAUGAAUGUAACCAAAGUGUGUAAAACAUGAUAUAAAAAUUCUAAUAAAUGAAUAAAUAUUGGAGAAAACAUUUUCAGAACAAAUGGAACAUUUUGUAAAAUAUAACAAGAUUCUGUGAUUUGUGCAUUCUAUUUAAACUUUUUUAUUUGUAGUUUUUUAAACUUUGACACAUACAGUAUGUUAUCAUGUGUAAUAUGAUGAAAUAUAUGUCAUACACAAAACCAGAAUAAAUGUAUUUUUGUAAUUUACAUAAA